UUUUUGACUGGCAUGGGUUUCCGUAGGGAGAAUUGUUGUUACCAAGGCAGCCAGGAUGAAGCUGAGAAGAUAUGCUUCCUACUUAAGCUAAUGGAGAUAAAAAACAAAAGACCGUGUGUCUCCAUGGUAGCCGACUCGUAGCAGCAGUGGGCGUCCAGAGGGGCUGAGCAGGUUCACUAUCCCAGGCUGUUGGAGAAACGGCUCCACAGCCACCACCAUGGGCACCGCUUCCUCCCUGGUCACCCCCGGGGAGGUCAUCGAAGACGCCUACGGAGGCGAGGGCGGGGAGGCCUGUGAAAUCCCCGUCGAGGUCAAGCCCAAAGCGCGGCUCCUACGAAGCUCUUUCCGGCGGGGGCCGCGCGUCAUCGGCGCCAGCUUCAAGUCCACGGGCUCGGUGGACCUGGAGUACGCCGCAGAGUACGAGCGGCUCCGCAAGGAGUACGAGAUCUUCCGGGUGAGCAAGAACAACGAGAUCGCCUCCAUGCAGAAGAAGGAAGCCAAGCUAGACGAGGAGAACAAGAGGCUGAGAGCAGAGCUCCAGGCUUUACAGAAAACCUACCAGAAGAUUCUGAGGGAGAAGGAGAGUGCACUGGAGGCUAAGUACCAGGCCAUGGAAAGAGCUGCAACCUUCGAGCACGACAGGGACAAAGUCAAACGACAGUUCAAGAUCUUCCGGGAGACUAAAGAGAAGGAGAUCCAGGAUCUGUUGAGAGCCAAGAGGGAUCUGGAGGCCAAGCUGCAGCAGCUGCAGGCGCAGGGCAUCCAGGUGUACGACCCGGAUGACUCGGAUUCUGAUGACAAUCGGACCGCGGUCACAGCUGCAGGGACUCAGUGUGAGUACUGGGGUGGUGGUGUUCUGGGUAGUGAGCCCUCUAUGGGCAGCAUGAUGCAACUACAGCAGACGUUCAGAGGGCCGGAGUUUGCCCACAGUCUGAUCGAUGUGGAGGGCCCGUUCGCCAAUGUAAGCAGAGACGACUGGGAUGCGGCGGUGGCCAGCCUGCUCCAGGUGUCUCCUCACGUGUCGCAGGCCUUGUGGAGCAACACGGUGCGCUGCUAUCUGAUCUGCACCCAGGAGACCAAGGCCGAGCUGGAUACCUUCACCCGGAGGUACACGCCCCUGCUCCGCAGGCUGUGCGAGGGGCUCGGCCAUUUCUACCUCAACGUGUGUUUCCCCGAGGACAGCGCCGGCGCCUUCGCCCCAGAGCGCCGGCUGGAGAUCGAGAGGAGCUCCUUUUGCCUGCUCCUCCUCAAGUCCACCAUCUCCAGCUCGGCGGCCGAGGAUGCGGAGGAGGCCUUUGUGAAGAGCCCGGACGGCCGUCCCCUGGUGCUGUACCUCAGGACCCUGGAGACCCAGGCUCUCUCUGGCCCCACCAGACAGCUGCUGGAGCGGGUCAACGCUGCCGACAAGGCUGCCAAGGUCAAGGUAGUGGACCACAGUGGCUCUGCAGAGGAGGGAGCAGCUUUGAUUUAUGCACAACUUGAGAAAGUCAUCAAACAGGAGCUGCUGGGUGUGGAGGGUGGGGAGGGGGACUGUAAGGAUUCUGGGAUGGAGGAGGGUGGAGAGGAGGACUCUGGAGACGUGCUGUGGGACCUGCAUGACGAGCAGGAGCAGAACGAGGCCUACCAGCAGGCUUGCAGCGCUGCCUCUCAGCUGGGCUUCCAGAAGUACAUAGAGCGCCUGAACGACAUGGUGGCGGCCCCUCCCCCCACCCCGCCCCUGCUGGUGUCUGGGGGGCCGGGCUCAGGCAAGUCCCUGCUCCUGUCCAGAUGGGUGGAGCUCCAGCAGAAGCAGUCCCCCAAUACACUGUUUCUCUACCACUUUGUGGGGCGGCCCCUGUCCACCAGUUCAGAGCCAGUUCUCAUCAUUAAACGCCUCACUGUCAAGCUCCUGCAGCACUUCUGGACCAUCUCAGGUCUGUCGAUGGAGCCCAGUAAGAUCCUGGAGGAGUUUCCUCGCUGGCUGGAGAGGCUGUCAGCCCGUCACCAAGGCAACAUCAUCAUCAUCAUCGACUCCAUCGACCAGAUCCAGCAGGCGGAGAGGAACAUGAAGUGGCUGAUCGACCCGCUGCCCGUCAACGUCCGAGUGGUGGUGUCUGUCAACGUGGAGACCUGCCCUCAGGCCUGGAGACUGUGGCCCACCCUUCACCUGGACCCCCUCAACCCCAGAGAGGUGAGGAGCGUGAUCGACGCAGAGUGUCUGGCCACGGGCGUCAAACUCACCAAAGACCAGGAGAAGAAGCUGGAGAGACACUGUCGCUCUGCCUCCACCUGUAACGCCCUCUACGUCACCCUCCUGGCCAGGAUGCUGACAGGAUCCCCCUGGUUGCUAGACAAGACUCUGGAACAGUGUCUGCAGUGCCAGGACACCAUGUCACUGUACAUCCUCUGCCUCAAGGUGGCGCUAGACUCCCUCAGCACAGACAGGGAGAGACACAUCAUGAGAGAGAUGCUGUGCCUGGUGUGCGCCAGCCACAACGGCGUGAGCGAGUCGGAGGUGCUGGACGUGUUCCCCGAGCUGCGCAUGGCGGCCCUGUCCUCCCUGCUGCGCCGCCUCCAGGGGCUCUGCGUCCUGGCCUUCAGCUGUGGGCUGCUCCGCUUCCAGCACCUGCAGGCUUGGGAAGCGGUGAGACUGGAGUUCAUGAAUGGGGGGACCUCCUCAGCGACCUACAGAGAGAAGCUCAUCCACUACUUCAGCCAGCAGCUCGGAGAGGACAGGGUGACGUGGCGUGUCGCUGACGAGCUGCCCUGGCUGCUUCAGCAGCAGGAGGACAGGAGCAAGCUGCAGCUCAGUCUGCUCAACCUGUUUGUGUCCCAGAACCUGUACAAGAGGGGUCAUUUCUCGGAGCUGCUGGCCUACUGGCAGUACGUGGGCAAGGACAAGAGCUCGAUGGCCAGCGAGUACUUUGACUCCCUGAAGCAGUACGAGAAGAGCUGUGAGGACGAGGAGAGCAUGACGAGGCUGGCCAGCCUGUACGAGACGCUGGGACGCUUCCUCAAAGACCUGGGCCUGCCCAGCCAGGCGGUGGCCCCUCUGCAGCGCUCCCUGGAGAUCCGGGAGACGGCGCUGGACCCGGACCACCCCAGCGUGGCCGGCUCGCUGCACCAGCUGGCCGGCGUGUACGUGCAGUGGAGGAAGUACGGCAACGCGGAGCAGCUGUACAAGCAGGCGCUGGAGAUCAGCGAGAACGCCUACGGGGCCGAGCACGCCUGCGUGGCCCGCGAGCUCGACGCCCUCGCCAUGCUCUACCAGAAGCAGAACAAGUAUGAGCAAGCAGAGAAGCUGAGGAAGAGGUCUGUGAGGAUCCGACAGAAGACUGCCAGACAGAAGGGACAUUUGUACGGCUUCUCUCUUCUGAGGAGGAGGGCUCUGCAGUUGGAGGAGCUGACUCUGGGCAAGGACACAGCCGACUCUUCAAAGACACUCAACGAACUGGGGGUCCUGUACUACCUCCAGAACAACCUGGAGGCUGCCAAGGUGUUUCUGUCUCGCUCCCUGGAGAUGCGUCAGCGCGUGCUGGGCCCCGACCACCCGGACUGCGCCCAGUCGCUCAACAACCUGGCGGCGCUGCACACGGAGCGCCGCGAGUACGAGGCUGCCGAGGAGCUGUACGAGAGAGCCCUGGACAUCCGCAAGAGGGCCCUGGCCCCAGACCACCCGUCCCUGGCCUACACCCUCAAACACCUGGCCAUGCUCUACAAGCGCAGGGGGAGGCUGGAGAAGGCCGUACCACUGUACGAGCUGGCUCUGGAGAUCAGAGAGAAGAGCUUUGGUCCCAAACAUCCCAGCGUGGCCACCGCUCUGGUCAACCUGGCCGUGCUCUACUGCCAGCUGAAGAAGCAUGGGGAGGCCCUGCCCCUGUAUGAGCGGGCUCUGAAAGUGUAUGAAGACAGUCUGGGGCGCUCUCACCCCCGCGUCGGAGAGACCCUCAAGAACCUGGCCGUGCUGAGCUAUGAGGAAGGUGACUUUGAGAAAGCAGCGGAGCUCUACAAGCGCGCCAUGGAGAUCAAGGAGGCGGAGCCUUCUCUGGUGUGUGGAAAGGCGCCGUCUCGCCAUUCGUCCAGCGGGGACACGUUCAGCCUGCGAGGGCCCGCCCCCCUUCCCCACAACCCCAGGUGAUCCCGCCCAUGGGCUCGACCCAAGCCCCCCCCCUCCCCUCCUCAACACACAAUAUGAGAAUACACUGGGGAAAGGCCCUAUCGCAAUUCUCUGCGAUUCCCCCUCCCUUCCACACCGUCCACUGGAACAGCAUCUCUUGACGUCACAUGAUUGGACAGAUAGAAGCAUGAGCUGUCCUGUGCAUUUCAAGCCAAUCUCGUUAUAGCUUAUCUGGGGUUUUCACCAGAAGGAGGGAUGAAGGCGUGUGUUGUCCCUCCCGGGCCUCCAUCCACACCCUCAGAAGCAGGAUCAACCAUCUGCGGAUCCAAAGGGAACGUUCCUCACGACUCCAUGCUGCUUUUUCUCUUCUUCAAUGCCGUGGUCCACUGUACUGUAACUGCCAUUCUAGAUACGAAGUACGCUUUAUUGAUUAUCUGUGAACUAUGCCUAUAUUAUCGUGAAAACCUAUAUGUCAGACAUAUUUAUAAAUGUAUCGUUAAAUGUAUCGUCGCUGAAAUAAUGUGAAAAGGACGUCAGCCAACGUUAGCCCUUCCCAGGGCCUCUACGACUCAGGUUGAGUUGGUGUUUUCCUGACCUUGCCAAACCCACGAUACAUCUCUGAUGUUCCUGUGGCUCUGGGAUGCUUCAUUGACGAGUCCUCUGUCUUGGUGUGAUUCAUAGGAGACGGCAGGUUAUGGAGACCUCAGGUAUUUUCCAUCUUUCAAAUUAUGCAAACAAAUGCCGUGUCCACGUACCUGAGGUUAGGUUAGUACGUUUCAGUUUCAAGUUGCUUUUCUUUCCACAUGCACCACUUGGAUAUGGACCAGCUCAGUAUUUAUGCAUAGGGAAUAUACCACCCCACAGGGGACCUCAAACAUAGAAAACAUCAUUGCAAUCCAGUAGUUAGUAAUGUAGCCUAUUGACCCUACAUUCAGUUAUGCAAGUAUAACGAGAGGCCUUUUAUCCGAGCCCACCUAAUGAGAUACUUGUUAAGAAAAUAACAAGUGUUAUCUAUGCCAUUACAGGGUCCUAGCACAGUGUUAACUAGCACAUAAGAACUAAACACUGUGUUUAGCCUGCUAGCGAUGAGCUAGACUGAUUAUGAUGCCAAAUUUUAGAAACAUGUUUUUUAAACAUGUUUGUUAAGUCCUGCCAGUUGAAUUAUUACCGUUUCACUGUCAGUGACCCACAAUUCCACUGUGUUACUGCAAGACAGAACUGACUUACCUAAAAACAUACUUCUUCACAGUUUGAAUUAUUUGUAAUUUGUAGUAAUCAGUGAAUGCUGGAUUUGAACCCAGUCUGUUACGGUAAUGCCCCAACUUUUAGAGCAUGCACACUAACCCGGUGAGCUAACAGGGGAGACCUGCUUUCUUCUGGUUUCUGACGCACCAACUCUGUAGGUUGUUACAACUAGAUCAAUGUCAAAUUUUAACAUUUGAGUGGGGAUUAUUAUGAUCCCUGAUAGCUCAGUGGUUAAGGAUGUGGGCUACUGUGUGAGGGGUCUUGUGUUAAAAUAUGGCUGAAGGAUCUUCUUACAGCUAAUUUUUAUUUAUUUUAAUUUUUAUCUUAUAAAUAAAACUCUACUUAUAAAUAAAACUGUUGAAAGCAAAAUGUAUUUCGAGAGUCUUGGUUGAGCCUUUCCUGGUGGGACAGUUGGGUACCUGGAAGGACAGUUGGGCGAGGGAAUCUGGACAGUCGGGGAGUGCGCUGCAGUUACAGGGAUCUGGGCCCACGGAUGUGUUUGGCACUACGCUCUGUGCUGGAUUUGAACCCAGGUCAUUGUGAUUUAGGCCCUUGUUCUCAACCCACUACACCACAGGGUCCCUUUCCCAUAUGCUUGGACAUAAUAUUACUUAACUGAUAUCAGUUAAAUUAAUUAUUAUUGAGGGAGAUUUGAGCCAGGGGUACCGUGUUUGUCAGUAGACUCGGUACACAUGCUUACCCACUGAGCCAUAGAGGGUUCCUGCCAAGUUACUUUCUACAAGACAGUGUAAUUGCCCUUAUGGCACUACUAAAUGCCAAUGUACAUUUUGUUUCUGCUAAUGCCAAGUUAUAAAACAGAAUACUCCUGCUAAUCAUACUUACAAAACAGGUGAAAGUUUGCUAAAGGAUUUCUAAGAACACGUUCCCGAAAUUGUGACGAAAAGUAGACUUUUCUUGAAUAGACUUAUUUAUUUCUGCAACACGGUUAAAUAUUAAACAAAAAUGUGCAGCUUACCGUCUAUUUGGGUGGGGAAUCUUUUGGUGCCUCAAACCUUUAAUCAAAUUUCGAUUCAAUAUGCUUACAUAAAAUAAAAAUAAAAAUUUAUUUUCUAAAUCUGUGAAAUGAUGUGAAUAGCUAGAAGAUUUUAUCUAUUUUUUCCCCACCCCUAGUAUUUGGGGACAGAAGUAUCAGAUUACACACACGGAGAUGUCAUCUUCACAAACAUAAUAAAUAAUCAGCUUCUGGAAAAGCUAACAGCCCCACAACCGAGGCAGUAACAUCAGCAAAUACAUCGUAAAUGAAGACCAAGUAAAAAGCAGAUGAACCCAAAAAGGUAUAAUGGAGUACUGUUGAGCUAUAUAACAGAAGUCUACUCCAAUCUCUGCAUAGUACAAAGGUUGGUGUCUUGACUUUAGUUCUUCUGCAGUAUGAAUACAUUCCAUAACUCGAUUUCAGGGUCUUGUGUGGGAUAAUAUCCUUGUUGAAUACAUUUGUAUUAUUUGAUCAUGCCAGACUGAUAAGUGUAUAGUGAGUUAAUGAGUUCUUUAACACAAAUGUAUUCAACUGAAAUCUUCCCCGUUUGACUAAACCUUAGCACAGCAACACUGACCAAUAUAAAA